CUACGGCCCGUAUCGUCAUUCGCUCGGUGGCCGCGUAUCCGUGAACUUGGCCUGGUCCGGUCGCCCUGGCCCCGAGGCCUCAGCAGAGGCGCCGCCCGCGGCCUAUAAUAGCUGCGCCGGCGUCUCCCGCCGCCUCCAGAGAGCCCCGUCACUCCAACAGACAUGUUCCGUGCUUUGUGCCUCCUUACCGCGGUCGCUGUGGUGCGCGCCUGCAAGCCCUGUACUUGCGGUGUGGCGCGUGGCGCUCGUGUGGUGGGAGGCGGCGCGGUAUCCCCAGGCGAGCUACCGUGGUUGGCCGCGCUUAAGAGGGACGGCAAGGUCAUCUGCGGCGCAACGGUUGUCGCCAGAGAUCAUCUCAUCACCGCUACACAUUGCAUCUUUGAGGUGGAGGCGUCUCGUCUAUCAGUGCUGGUUGGAGAAUACGACGUGAACAACUCCCAGCAAGAUGGUAUCCCGGUGGCGCAUGUCACGCAACACCCGGACUUCAACAGGUUCACUUACGACAAUGACAUCGCCGUGCUCCGACUGGCUGAACCAAUCCCUGAACAUCUGUAUAGAUCUGCAUGCUUGCCUGACUUUGACGAUGAUAAUCGGCUGGAAGGCGUGGAGGCAAUUGUGUCCGGCUGGGGCAGCACUAUUGAAAAAGGUCCACCUUCCAGUAUCCCUAUGAAGGCAGAGGUGAACAUUUGGGCUCAAGAGGAGUGCUCGGGUGCGGGUUACGGGCGGCGCAAGGUAACACCGCGCAUGCUGUGCGCAAACGCGCCCGAGAGGGACUCCUGUACUGGGGACUCCGGCGGACCCCUGCUUCUCACCAGACCGUAUUACACUAUUGUUGGUAUAGUGUCGUGGGGGCGCGGAUGCGCGCGGCAAGGUUACCCGGGCGUGUAUGCGCGUGUUGCAAAGUUCCUGCCCUGGCUGAAGGUGGCGCUGCGGCACGCUUGCAUGUGUCACUCGCCUAAAUACUGAGAGGCUUAAGAGGCUAGACAGAGAGAGAUAACACUUUGGAGGCUAGAAAGAGAGAGAGAAAGGAUGAAUAACUCAAUUCUUACAACUUACGAUGAUACAUUUUCGUUAAAAGUUGUCUAUGAAUUUCUAAUGUGAACAGUAGUUACCUUUCCAUAACAAAGCUAACUGGGACAAUCACGAUUUGAUUUACCUAUGUAAGUUUUCCUGAAUGAAACACUUAGACAUAAAAUAGUGGAUAAAUUGUGAGGCUUUAGUAAGCUAUUUUUUUACAAUAUAAUGUACAGUUAAAUUUAAUAAGUACGUAUGACCCUUUUAACUUUUAUAACAGGGUCAUGGCCAUAACGACCUAAAAAGCCAGUACACAUACGUUCAAAAACCUACAUACUUUGGAUGAUGUGAUUUAUUAAAUUGCUUAGCGCACGUUUUAAAAUAUAAAAUCAUAGCGAUGAUUUAAUUAAGAAUGUGUGCGUACUCUAAUAGCCCAUAUGAUGCGUCUUUGCAACCCAAAAUAGCAAGGAUAAUUGUAGCACACAUUAAAUAAUUCUUGUAAAAUUUAAUUUUAAUUAUAACAUGUCAAAAUAAACGCAUUACAUUUAUUCAUUUACUUAUCAGUAUUAAGUAGGUUUAUGUAGUGUCAAAUGUUUAAAAAUACGUAUAGUUUUAAAUUUAUUUUUUUAUC